GAGACUCAAAGGUCCUUACCUCCCGAGGAGAAGAGAAAGAGAGAAAGAGGAGAGAUGACUCCAAUGUCACGUUUCUUUCUUUGCUCCUCUUGCUCCUACAAUGCUGCUUUGGUCCGACGUAAUGGUUUUCGCUGUGCCACAUGCGCGCUCCCCUUCUUUUCCCUUCCUUACACAGGAGAGAAUAUGAGCAACUUGAGAAAGCCGGAUACUCUGCUGGUCAGGAAACUCGACAGAUCAAAGGAUAAAGAAUUCCCAACGCGCCUAGCCACUAUCAUUCCUUGGAACGCAGAGGUGAACAGCCCAAGUGAUCAUCCUCCGAUGCAGCAUCACCCCCCACCCCAGCUGCUGCUGAAGUUCCUGCCAUUAUGUCCAGCAAGCCUGGAGAAGGAGGAGGCGUCGUCGUCGUGCCAUCGGGAUGGAAUAUCGACAUCGACAGAUAUAUCAACCCCUUCAUCAGAUCGCCUCGCAAGCAGAACCUGCCACCCGCCAUCGCACGGUUUCUAGGUUACCGCGACCACCCGCCACGACUCUUCGGAAACGUGCUCAUCAUCGCAUAUGCCUUCAUCGGAACGCUGUCCUCCUUGUCCCUGAUCUAUGCUGUCUCCAACCAGAUUCAGGCUCUGGGAAUAGGCACAGACUCACCUCUGAUCUUGGGUAGCUUUGGAGCGGCUGCGGUGCUUGAAUUCUACGCCAUCGACUCGCCCUUUUCGCAGCCACGAAACGUGUUAGUUGGUCAGCUUGGCAGCAGCCUCAUUGCAGUGAGCAUCAACAAGGGCUUCGCACAGCUGCCCUUGCGCCAGUACACCCAACUCCGCUGGCUCGCCGGGUCUCUGUCCUGCGCGUGCGCGACCGUCUUCAUGGGCAUCACGGGUACGAUUCACCCACCCGCCGGGGCGACGGCUUUGCUGGCCACAACCGAUGACAACAUUAUCCACCUCGGUUGGGCUCUGAUACCGCGCGUCUUGCUCGGCUGCUGCCUGAUGCUUGUUGUGGCUCUGAUCAUCAACAACAUACAGAGGGCGUUUCCUGCGUACUGGUGGACUGCAGAA